AUGGAAGCUUUAAGCGUGCUAAUUGCAAUAGGUCUUAUUCAUUGUUCGUUAUUCUUUUUUGACACAAUCUUCAAGUCAUGUUCACAUUAUCCAUAUUUUUAUUUUCUGAAAAACACUGGUAUAGAAAUUCAAAUAUUACGAAUAAAAUGGUUUACUACAGCAUUUAAUCGUAAGAUAAUUAAAUGGGGGAUGGAUCGUUCAAAAUUUUGGACUGCUUGGUUUAAUGCAGGUGUGAUUGUUAGUAUAAUUCUUUUGCCUAUUGCUACAAUUGCAAUUUUAAGAAUGACAUUUAAUAUAUGGAUUAAUGGACCAUCUCUUGAAAAUACAAAUUCUGAACCUUUAUUAGAGCCUAUGUUACCUGGAAUAGAUGUGCCCUUUAAUGAAAUUGGAUGUUAUAUCAUUACAUUAGCAACUUGCAGUAUCAUGCAUGAGUUAGGGCAUGCAUUGGCUGCAGCGAGAGAAGAUGUUCAACUAUUUGGCGUGGGAAUAUUAAUUGCUUUUACAAUACCUAUAGCUUAUGUACAUAUAAGUAGUGAACAACUUAGUUCAUUACCAUUAAAAAAUCAACUAAGAAUUACUUGUGGAGGAAUUUGGCAUAACAUAGUACUUGCUAUAGUUGCUGCAACCAUUCUUAUGCUUUCUACAUGGUUGUGGGCACCAUUAUAUGUAGUUGGGAAUGGAAUUUAUGUAAAAACUAUUUUACCUAAUUCACCUGUGCUACGACCAACAGGACUAUCUGAACAAGAUUUGAUAUACGAGAUAAAUGACUGCCCUGUAAAACAUACUGAAGAUUGGUAUAAUUGUAUAUUAAAUACAGUUAAUCAACCAGCUGUUGGAUAUUGUGUUAAACAAUCAUUUAUUCAGGAAUAUGAUGAGUCAGUUCCAUCUAAACAGAAAACCAAUGGCGUUAUAAAUUGUUGCACAUCAGACAGUGAAUCUAGUGGAAGUUUAUGUUUUGAAUACAUUGAAGGACCACAAGCAGCUCCUUUACAUUUACCUCCCCAUUCUUGUCUUCCAGCAAGAACUAUGAUCAAUCAGUCACUAAACUUUUGUCAUGCUAGUCAUGAAUGCGUAUUUCAUGAUACUCAUUGUUUAAGACCUUCCUUUGAUAAUAUAACUAAGAUUGUUCAAAUAAAGAGGAGAGAGGGAAAGGAUGUUUUAUUUCUCGGACAUCCAGCUGAUAUUUACCGAACAGUCGAUGUAUCUGACUGGAUUCCUAAAUAUUCAUUUUUGAGUCCUAGAUUACCAGAAACUUUAACACUGCUUUGCAAAUACAUUACAAUAUUUUCUGCGGGAUUAGCAGUUACUAACAUUGUGCCUUGUUUCUUUCUAGAUGGACAAUAUAUUAUAAAUAUACUUAUACUUUAUUUAUUAAAUUUUAUGCCCCACAAUAAAAAUGUUAGACAAACCGUUAUAUUAACUAUAACAAGUAUAGGUACAUUACUUCUCACUAUAAAUUUAUUGUAUGUACUUACGAAUAAAUUAUUAUAA